UAGCUAGUGUGUGAAAAAAGUCAUCAAGAAAUGGAAGAAACGCUCAUUAAAUCAGAUGAAAAGAAGCUUUAUGAUGCAGCAAUAGAAGGGAAUGCAUCACUAUUUCAAAAACUCCUCCAAAAAAAUCCAUUUCUUCUCAACAAAAUCUCAUUUUCAAGCACUCACAAAUCUCCUCUACACAUAGCAACAUAUCAAAGAAACCUCAGCAUCGUACAACAAAUCAUGGACAAAAGCCCCGAGCUAGCCGAGGAAUUAGACUCCCAAAAAUCGUCGCCUCUUCACAUAGCAGCGGCGAAAGGGUACGUAGAAAUCGCCUCAAUAUUGCUAGCAGAGGCCCCAAACAUGUGCUGGUCACGUGACUGCCGCGGCAUGAACCCUGUCCACGUGGCAGCCAUGAAUGGCCGCGUCGACGUCGUAGACAAGCUCGUUGAGGUGGAUGGUUUUGCUGCUAUGGAGAGGCUCGAUCGCUGGGAGACGGUGCUGCAUCUGUGCGUGAAACAUCGUCAGCUAGGGGCGUUGAAGGCUUUGGUGGAGAAGUUGGGUGAGUUUGUGUGUGAAGAGGAUGAUGCUGGAGACACAGUCUUGCAUUUGGCUGUUAGAUUCAGACAAGUUGAGACGAUUCAAUACUUGGUGGAGAACACUACAAUCGACAAGAAAUCAAAGAAUUCGAACACCAACCAAUCCUCCCAAUCCCCACCAGUGGAGUGGCUAACCAAGAAGCGCGACUCCAUAAUGGUGGUGGCGAUCCUGAUCGCCACCAUGGCCUUCCAGGCCGCCGUAAGCCCGGCAGGCGGCGUGUGGCAGGACGACACGCCGCCACACAGGGCGGGCGAGGCCGUGAUGGCGUACAACAACCCCAAGAUAUACAAGAACUUCAUACGCUCCAACACAGUGGCUUUCGUGACGUCACUGAGCACCAUCCUGCUGUUGAUCAGUGGCCUGCCGUUCAAGUACAGAUUCUUCAUGUGGGCCCUGAUGGCGAUUAUGUGGGUGUCGGUGACGGCCGUGGGAGUGACGUAUGGGGCUUCGAUCAUGGUGGUGACUCCUGGAUUUGAUCGGAAGUCGCUCAGCCAAGUGAUCAAGACCGGGAUCAGUGUUUGGAGUGGUGUGAUGGUGGUGCUGCUGGCCGGGAAUAUUAUUCGGCUGCUUCUCCGGUGGCUGAGGCGGGUCGGAGUGGGAUUCUGGACGUCGGAGAGAUGUUUUCGGAAGUCUGGUGAAGUUUAG